GCUGCCUCUUAGCGCCUGAGAGCACGCGAGCCGACUGUCACUGCAAUCUGACGGCCAAACAUGAACCGAGCUCGGCGAUCUGAACUCAUCCCCUCCGACAUUAGCACUUUUUACAUCUUGAUUGCUUUUUUUUAAGUUGCUCAGGGGAAGAGCUGCGAUCUUGGGUUUUGUAUUAUUAUUAUUAUUAUUAUUAUUAUUAUUAUUAGUUAUAGUAGAUCAGAGCUCCUGUACAGGCUACCUGAGACACUGUCAGGUCACAUCCCUUGCGCUGGAUCGCUCGUGCGACAAGAUGUGUGUGGAGAGCGACGGCUGCGAGCUGGAGGGCUGCGGCGGUGCGGCGGCGGCGGAGGUGCGCACGCUCUCGGGCAGCAUGAGCGCCGCGCUCAAGGCGAAUCCCGAGCUGCGCGCGUGCAAACCGGGCCAGAAAUUCCGCGCCGCGCUGCUGCGGUGCCGCUCUCCAGCAACCGCCGCUGGGAUCCUCAGCUUCGGCAACGUGCUCAAUUACAUGGAUAGAUACACGGUAGCCGGGGUACUGGAAGACAUUCAGAGCCACUUUGAAGUAAAUGAUAGCGGAGCUGGCUUGCUACAAACAGUUUUCAUCUGUAGUUUCAUGGUGGCGGCACCCAUCUUUGGUUACCUUGGUGACCGAUUUAACAGGAAGGUCAUUCUGAGCUGCGGCAUCUUCUUCUGGUCGGCGGUGACACUACUGAGCUCCUUUAUCACAAAAGAGUACUAUUGGUUGUUUGUGCUGUCCAGAGGCCUGGUAGGCAUCGGAGAGUCCAGCUACUCCUCCAUCUCUCCCACCAUUAUCGGAGAUCUGUUCACCAACAACAAGAGGACCAUGAUGCUGUCGGUCUUCUACCUGGCCAUCCCGUUAGGAAGUGGUCUUGGCUACAUCCUGGGAUCCAGUGCUAAAGAUCUCGCGCAGGACUGGCACUGGGCUCUGAGGGUGUCUCCGAUGUUAGGAAUGACUGCUGGAAUCCUCAUCCUGGUCUUCGUUCCCGAACCCAAAAGGGGCAGCGUGGAGCAGUCGACCAGCAACCUGAGGACCCACACGCCAUGGCUCUGCGACAUGAAGGCUCUCCUUAAAAACCAAAGUUAUAUGUUCUCAUCUCUUGGGUCGGCUGCCGUAUCAUUUGCAACGGGGGCCUUCGGGAUAUGGAUCCCUCAGUAUCUGGUCAGGGCUCAGAAAUUGCAGGAGAUUACAGAGAGCAAAGACAGUCUGAUCUUCGGGGUCAUCACAUGUGUGACGGGUCUGCUCGGUGUGGUGAUCGGUGCUGCGACCACACGCUUCUGCCGACAGAAGACAGAGCGCGCCGACCCGCUGGUGUGUGCUGUCAGCAUGCUGGGCUCGGCCAUCUUCAUCUGCCUCAUCUUCGUCGUGGCCAAGAAGAGCAUCGUAGGAGCAUAUAUCUGCAUCUUCAUAGGAGAGACUCUGCUCUUCUUGAACUGGGCCAUAACAGCAGACAUUUUAAUGUAUGUUGUCAUACCAACCAGAAGAGCCACUGCAGUCGCCUUUCAGGGCUUUACGUCCCAUUUACUCGGGGAUGCAGGGAGUCCGUAUCUCAUCGGCCUGAUAUCAGACGCUCUGCAGGAGAGCUACAAAACGUCAGUGCUGUGGCAGUUCCUGAGCUUAGGCUACGCCCUCAUGCUCUGCCCCUUCGUUAUCGUCCUUGGGGGGAUGUUCUUCCUCGCCACAGCCCUCUUCUUCCUUGACGACCGAGAAAAAGCAGAGAAACUGACGAAGGAGCUCUCCCGAUCGCCGUCUGCAGUCAAGGUCACCAAGUGAGAGAAGGUCUGGAGUGGGAGGAUUGAGAGCGAGCCGAGGAGUGGGUGAGAUGAACAGAAGGGAGGUGGAGAGAAAAGGAGAGUAGCUAACCCACUCAACGCAUAUGCUGCACAUCACCAUCAUCACCAUUGUCGAUCAUCAUCUUCACUCUUGCCAUGCUCUUCAUAUCUGUUGGAUGGAAGCUGAACUUGCUUUGCUGCAGAGGCACGAUCACAUCCCACAAAUGAAGUGACCCAAUGUGGGCAAGUCAGCCAUCCUGUAGCUGGUGGGCAGCUCUCAAACCAACAUGUAAAGGCCAGUAGGAUUCCGGAAAGGGUUGAAGGAGGGGCUUCAUAAGCCCCUUUGUGCCAUACUACUGAAUACGGACAUACUCUGUGUCCUGUCACGCUGCCUGUCAAUCUGCACCAAGUGCCAUAGCAUCACAUUCCCAGAACUGACCACGCCUACAGCCAAACGGAGCUCACUGAUCAGUUGUGUAAAUACGGAAAUGAAGGAAUCGGUGAUCUCUGAGUCAUCUAGUGGAAAUGGCUGUACGGCUUAGCCUGCCUUAAUAACGCUGGCAUGGACAGAUGUCUGGUCUCUGGUCAUCUUCUUUAUGCCUGUUCUUUUUCGUACACCUUUCUUUGUCUUAGCACUUACUAUUUUAUUGCCAUGCCAGUCAAAUGAUGCAAUCAGACUACAUAAUCAUUUUAUUAGGUUCAUAAAUAGGAAACCAUAAAUAGGUGUGUCAUAGAGGUCGCUUGGUUAAAAAAUGAAAUGCCAUAAAAUGUAUUAAAACACUGGAGUGUAAAUAUGAACCUGUCCAUCGGAAUUUUUGCAAAUCCGUUUAUUUUUGUCAGACUUUCUACCAUCCACACCUCAAAUAAAAUGCCAAGGAUUAAAAAAAAAAACAAUAACAAGUGGGGGAAGCCUUUAGUGGCUUGUGAUGAUUUUCUUUGAGGGAUUCUUUACAAGGUGCCAGCUCAUUCCAUGGAAAAAGAGGCAGAGGAUAAGAUUUAACAAGCUCUGGUGUGUGAGAAUAGUCGUCUUUGUAUGCUGGGUUCCAAUAUUCAUUCGGUAGAUAUCCCUUUCUGAAUGUGAGAGAGAGAGAUUGAAUAGUGAUGCGUCUAACUUGUCACGAGGCAAACAGCUACUGAAAUCUAUCCAAGGGGAAAAAAAGGUUUCUUUCAAAGGUUAGGUUGAAUUUGUUGGGUCGGGAAUAUGUAACCUUUAGGUUAUUAAAUACGAAUAGAAAAAAGAAGGUGGUAACCACUUCAUUUCGUUACGCCAUGUUACGAGAACGCUUGUAACUUUGGUAACAAAACUAUUACAAACAGGUCAAACUUUGGGACUUUUUUUUUUACAGGGUGACUCUUAUUGAUGAAAUAUACACUAUGUUUCAUAGAUAGUGACAUUUUAUUAAUGUUUGAAAUGCUACCAAGUAGACAUAAAUAAUUAAGUAUUUGUAUAAACUAGGAGAAGCACUUUGCUUUUAAAGAUGUCCUGGGUAAGGGAAAAAAAUAUUGAUAGCCCACAAGAGUUUACCGUUUUUUUUGUUUUUUUUUAAAUUGUGAAAAUAUAUAUUAUUGCUGUUUCUCAAAUGAUUUGUAAAUACAGUUUGUUGUUAAAAAGAAACAAUAUAUGUAUAUGCAAUUUCCUAAAAAUCCAUCAUUUCCAGAAAGCUUUGAUAAGAGCAAUGAUUUAUAUAUUUUCACACUGAGUUGUCGUUUUUAAUAAUUAGGUUUUUUUUUUUAUUUUAGUGCAUAUCCGUGUCAAGAAACCUUUCACCAAAUGGAAAUGAUCAGGCUUUGAAGCUGUUGUAUAGUGCAGACGUACUCAAAAAAAUUAAUUAAUAAAAAAAAAAAGAGCAAGUGGGUCCGCGUUUUUUCACAUUGAAAAAAGCACCUUGCAUCUAGAUUGAAGUAUCAUUUGUUCCGGAAGAGAGUGACAAACAAAAAAAACAAAAACGCUGUAUUGUGAAGGUCUGACUCAUCACUGGGACUGCAGGACACCAUGUUUAUUUCUUGGAGCUUUCAUCAUGCCAGGUGAAAAGCUAUCUGAAUGUGAUUCUGUCCAAUCUAAUGUGUUUGCACAUGCAAAUUCAUUUUAAUGAAGCUUUUUGUAUUCUUCUUUUAAGGAUGUCUUUUUUUUCCCGUUCUUUUUACAAAUAUUACUUUUAUAUAUGAUAAUGCUAUAAAAAAUAGACAAUUAUGCAGUGAUUUUAAUAUAUUGUAAACUCGCUUUGAUGCAAGGUAUUUAUUUUUCAUUUAUGCAUUAGCAUUUCUACAGAAAUCUCUACAAAUGGAAAAGAAGCUUCUGGAUAUUAUGAUUUUUAUUCUCCAUUUGUUCUUAUUAGUAAAAAAAAAAAGAAAAAAAAGCCUGGAUAGUUUAUUCAUCAUCUCAAAGAACUGUAUUCAUAUAUACUCAUGCACACACCAGCUCAUGCGCACAUACAGUACCAAACAACAGCACAGCUGUAAACAUCAAUUUUCAGUGCACCCAAUUCCUCCAAGACCAAUUAAAUGUCACUUUUUAUUUAUGCAUUUUGCACAUUUGGGUGUGUUCAGGGUUAAUUUUUUUUUUCUUUUCCCAAAUCCAAUAGUUGUACACUGGCAUUAUGUGCUAUAGGGACUGUACCUAUUUAGUCACAUUUACAUACUCAUGCGACAUGUUUAUUUUUGGUUGUUUUUGUUGUUGUUGUUGUUUAUUAGAUGAUCUACAGGUUUGAGAAUCACAAUGCCAAAAUACGAUCACCAUCAGCGACAUACAAGACCCUUUUUUUUUUUUUUUUACAAUAUCGCUUUAAUCAAAGAGUCAUGGAGUUGAUGGUGUACAUUGAGAAUGUUCUUUCUUGUCAUACAAGAGUCAUGUAUUAAAAACCUGUUUCUGAUGUCAAGCAGAAACUUAAAGGGAAUUUUAUUUUUAAGGGCAAGCGUGGUUGAAGAGAACAAAAAAAAAAAAAGUCCAAUAAAACACUUAUUACUAUAUAGUUACUGUGAUGCUCCAGCUGGAGUGAUAUGAAUUGUAAACAUAUAUGUAAGUGAUGAAAAAUAAACUUAUUUAAUCAAA